AUGAUGAAUUUCAGUCAACUGGGAGACCCCAAUGCCUCGUAUCUGUCGGAAGAUAUAUCAAGACUUUCUUCCAGUGAUAUAGAAUAUGACUAUCUUUCAAAAAUUAUCAUCAUUGGCCCGUCUGGAGUGGGAAAAUCAUGUAUUCUUCAUCGAUUUAUCCGUGGGGAUUGGAAUGUCUUAGCUUCGCAGACCAUUGGGGUGGAAUUCAGCUCAAAAAUCAUUUCUAUUGGACCUAGCCCGUCGCCUAACAAUAUUAACAUGAAACUACAACUUUGGGAUACCGCAGGCCAGGAACGCUUCCGAAGUCUCACAAGAAGUUAUUACCGAGGCUCAGCUGGGGUGGUAUUGGUAUACGAUGUCACCAAUAAGAAAUCCUUCGAGGCGCUUCAUGAAUUUAUGGCAGAUAUCCAAAGUUUGACGAAUGACACUAUUAGUAUAGCAGUGGUAGGAAACAAAGCAGACCUUGUGUCAAAGGAUGGGAACAAUGGGAGAAAAAACAGCAGUUCCGGUGGGAAUGAUGGCCCAAUAGACCCUACAACGGUAGUUUCUGAUGAAGAAGUAUUAGAAUUCUGUGCGUACUAUUCUCGUGAAAUCGGGUACGAGAUCCCGUUCAUCAAGGCCAGUGCGUUGUUGGCAGACAAUAUCAAUUACAUUUUCGAUAAGCUUUCUAAUAUGAUCCUUACGAAAGUGGAGAUCGGGGUUAUUGAUCCUGAAGACCCGCUAUCGGGGGUUCAAUACGGUGAUUUAUCGAAAUGGGAUAUCCAAAGUACCAGUAGUGAAAUUGCAAAUAACAAUAAUGGAGGGCAACUUCUUAGAAAGAAGCCAACAACAAUAAGUUUGUUGAAUAGACGGGCAACUAGAUAUACUGGGAACUCUGCGGGUAGUGGAUGGGGAUGGGUAUGCUGUUGA